UGAGCACAGUGUGGUCACGGGCGGGGGGGGGGGCGCGGUGGCCCAGGUGGCCCUAGGACCCCCCCACCAUGGAAAACCAGCUCUAUUAUGACAGCCUGGGGUCCUGCAGUCAAUACCAAGAAGCUCCCCAGGGUGCCAACGACUUACUGCUCCUGCUGCUGGGUCUCGUCAUUCUUGUCAACAUUGGGAUCAACGUGGUAACCGCGAUGUGGCAUGAACUCCAGAAUGCCUUAGACAAGAUGAUACAGUGGAUUCAUCUGGAAAAUGAAAUCUUCCAGGCUUCCGAAGGUUCCCCCAAAGACGCCCCGGCCAAGACCCAAGACGUUCACAUCCACUGUGCCCUGGACCCUGUAGAAGUGAAGAUGGCCUGGCCCACCUGCCAUCGCUCUUCCUCCUACCGCCGUCUCCGCAGCCCCCACUGCAGCUGUCGCCGCCACCGCCGCUGCAGCCACCGCCGUGGCCGGCACCCCGGCCACCACCGCCCCUGCAGCCACCAGUGGGGACUGAGGAACCAUAGGCAUUUCCCUCCCAACCGCUCCGUCUUCCACAGUCACUGUCACAGCCGCAAGAUGUCACAGCUGCGGCCAGUGCCCUCCUUUGAUGAGGACAACCUAGACUCCUGCCUGGAGGAGGAUGACCUAUCCUUCCCGCACCCCAAGUACCCAUGGCGGGGCUGGGGAGGGCUCUACCAGCCGGUGGGCCUGCCCUCCAACUUGGGGCUGUGGGGCCGCCAGGGUGGGAUCCUGGCCAGCCUGCCACCACCUUCUCUGUACCUGUCACCUGAGCUGCGCCGCAUGCCCAGGCGCGUGGAGGCCAAGUCGGAGCUGAGGCUGAAGUCCUACGGGCCCCACUGCCCCCAGUCCCGAAUCUGGGGCAAUCUGGAGGCUGAGCGGCAGACCCCGUCUCCACCACCCCUCCGCCGGCUGCCCCCCGGCCCCUCCCGAGUCCCCGCGGAACACAGCCCUUACCCCUCAGGGGCCCAGCUACUCCAUGACUCCCGGGAUCAGCGGCGGCGUGGUCUGGAGGGCUCCGGACCCCCCUGUGCCCUGGUGCCCCGGGGGUCCCGGCCCGAGGCCCGGGAGCCCUGCUCCCCCCAGGCCCACCGGCAGAGCCUCCCUGGCCACGCUCACAGCCAGUCCAACCGCAGCCCCCACCCAUCCACGGGGCACUUGGGCCAAGGCGCCCAGGACCCCCACGAGGUUCGGCGCCGGACCGGCGAAUGCACCGAGGCAACGCCCGCCCGGCACCCUCUGACCACCGCAUCCCUCACCGUGCUGGGCGAGACCUCCCACCGACGGGCCCCGGCUCCCGGCUCAGCCCUGCUGCCCCGCUCCUCCCAGCCCCUGCCCGAAGUCCAGGCUCCCGAGCGGCCCCCAGCCCAGCCCACCUUCAGGCCACUCAGCCGGACCCCGGGGGCCAAUGGCAGCUACCAGGUAUACGACAGCCUGGAGCUGAAGCGGCAGGUCCAGGAGAGCAGAGCGCGGGCCAGCUCCCUGCCGCCCCCCUGCACCUCGGCCUCCAGGCCCUCCCUGCACAGGAGCCAGAACGGGAAACUCCACUGACCGGCGGGGAACGUGGGCGGUGGGGGGGCGUGGAGAGAGGAAUAAAGAGCCACAAAGUCCAGGAA